CUUUAUAUAUAAGGCGAGAUCUCGCGAGACUUCUCUCCUUUCUCCCCGCGGCCUCUGCUCACGGCCUCCGCGAGGAGCUCCCAUCAUGUACAGCACGAGUGCAAAGAUCGUGAAGCCGAAUGGCGAAAAGCCGGAUGAGUUCGAAUCCGGAAUUUCGCAGGCGAUUUUGGAGCUGGAGAUGAACUCGGACCUGAAAGCGCAGCUCCGGGAGCUCUACAUCACAGCGGCAAAGGAAAUUGACGUUGGAAGUGGCAGGAAAGCCAUCCUUAUCUUCGUCCCAGUUCCCCAGCUGAAGGCUUUUCAGAAGAUCCAGGUCCGUCUGGUGCGAGAGCUGGAAAAGAAGUUCAGUGGCAAACACGUUGUCUUCAUUGCACAGAGGAGGAUUCUGCCAAAGCCAACACGCAAAAGCCGCACAAAGAACAAGCAGAAGCGUCCCAGGAGCCGCACACUGACUGCCGUGCAUGAUGCCAUUCUGGAGGACCUGGUGUUCCCAAGUGAGAUUGUGGGAAAGCGAAUUCGCGUGAAGAUGGAUGCCAGCCGACUUAUUAAGGUCCAUCUGGACAAAUCUCAGCAAAACAAUGUGGAACACAAGGUUGAAACGUUCUCUGCUGUGUACAAGAAACUCACGGGCAAAGAUGUCAACUUCGAGUUCCCCGAGAUGCAGCUGUAGAAGGGUUAACACCAUUGUUCCAAAACAUUGCAGCAAGAUGUCCGAGUUUCCUAAUGUCAGCUGCUCAACACUUCAAUAAAUGUUGAAAGUGGA